CCCUCAUCCACAUUGACACCCGGACUCUGGGAAAUAUAUCCAGCAUCCAUCCCUUCUCCACUCUCACACACACGCUCCCUGUGUCAUCUCGACAGUCUCCACAUCAGAUCCCGCGCUGACAGCCUGUUAUUAUUUAUCGCGCAAACUGAGUGGAGAAAUGUUGAUCAAAUGCGCACUAGCCUUGCUGCUUGUCUCCGUUUGGGGGGAAUUGGUGGGAACGGAUACCGUUGACGUUCACGAGAGUCACCCUGAGAAGCCGGCCAGUCAGAAGGGACGUCUCUCCUUACAGAACACAGCUGAGAUCCAGCACUGUCUCGUGAGCGCAGGAGACGUGGGCUGCGGCGUUUUCGAGUGUUUCGAGAACAACUCCUGCGAAAUCCGGGGCCUUCAGGAAAUCUGCAUGACCUUCCUGCACAAUGCUGGCAAGUUCGACUCGCAGGGCAAGUCCUUCAUCAAGGAUGCACUGAAGUGCAUGGCUCACGGCUUAAGGCACAAAUCCCGCUUUCUUAGGCCAUACGUCGAGCUGGUGAACAUCUUGCUCAGCUGUGGAGAGGAGGUGAAGGAAGCCAUUACGCGGAGCGUGCGUCUGCAGUGCGAGCAGAACUGGGGCGCUCUGUGCGACAGCCUGAGCAUCUGUACAUCCAUCACCGCCGCUCCAGCAUCAGGCGGCCUCGAGCGACGCCCGGCGCUUUCCUCCCAGUCAGACGCCGAGCACCACAAGAGCGCUCGAACAGGAGACAAGGACAAACCCGGCAAGGUCGGCUUCAGUUCCCACACAAGAAGUCGGAGCCAAGGCCCACGCCGCGCCAGUUUAGAGGCCGGCCCCGCCGAGCAGGAACACUCAAAGAUCAGCGACAUUCGGAGGUGAAAUAGCAGGAUCACCUAAACUGACCAUGACACCCCAAUUCCCCACUUCACAGACUCAGCAGACCUCUUAAUUCAACCCAUCCAUCCUCACAUCUCCACAGUCAUUCCAGCACAUUUUGCAGGGUAAAUGUGGUGCAACUUUUUUGAUACUCCAUAUUAUAGGACAGAUUGUUAAUUUUGUAGAAUUGCUUUUAUUUUAGUUCUAAUACAGCAUCUCUAUUUUGCAAAUCAUAUCAAUCACCUUGUUUAUUUAUUUUAUGCUUCAUGCAACAUUUGAAUAUAAAACAUGUACAUAUAAAUCUAUGUAUAUCUAUAUUUAUAUAAACACGUCUAAAUAUAGCCUCCAUAUUCAGUAACGAUAUACUAUAUGUAAUAUAGUGCUUGCUGUUGUACUAGUUACAUUAUUGCACCAAUUACACAUCUGACUGUAGAUAUGUAAGAUACGUUUGCUUGUUUCAAAAAUGUGUGUAAUUGUUAUUUGAAAUACUUGAUUAAAUAUAAGCUGUACAGGAUUGAAGUCCAGGUCUAGCACAAACAGUACGACGCUCUGUGCUUCUUAGAAGGAAAGCGAAGUCAAAACAACGUCCAGUAACAAGCUUAUUGUGCCUUGAGAAUAUUACAUAGAGGCUUUACCCCAAAAUGAACUGUGGAACCCGAGCAGAUGUAUGAUAGUAAAAACUUCUAGCUGCCUCACGUCUCAGUAUGAUAAAGCGCCCUGAUAGUAUCGCUUAAGUCUAAUGUGUGUGCUACAUUUCACAUCCCAAACAGAUUAGUUGAACAUAGGAACAACUUUAGCGCACAGUGUCUCAUGGAAAGCAGGCCUGCCUGUGCUCUGGCCAAGUCCACAGUCAGCCGCUGGUGUUUCCAAGUAAAAAAUAGCAGUUUUCUCCCAGAGCCACUGAGAAGAGCCAGAAGCUGGAAUUGCAGUCGACUGGCCUUAGACCCAGGAACUGGGUUAAGUCUACAUAGCUCAGGGUAUUACUGACAAUAAUAUUGAAAUGGGUGAAUUAUUGUUUACUAUAGCUACGAAAAGAAUUGUUUUGGGUCCUUGCCACGUGAUUGGUUAAUAAAAUGUUCGGAGCUGAUUGUUGGUUUAAGAAUAAGGAAUGGCCUGUACAGUUCUGCUAUUCAUCAGCCUAAAGACAACAGUAGUUACUUUGACCAAUCAUCUUCUUAAUUCACUCAGGUAUUCCAAUGAACAUGUGGGCAAAAAUGUGAUCAACUUUGGGUUUAAACCUGGAAAACAUUUUUAGAUUGUUACAAGAAAUGAAAAAAAUCUGUGUACAACUAUUACAUUGAAUAAUAGAUUCCAUAUCAGUACAGAUAGCAUGU